GGUCCUGCUGUGGGGAAGUCUGCCAGACUAGGUCUAAGCUCACCGCCUGGGUCACAGCUAUGUUGUCUAAGACUCUGCUGCUCAUCCUCGGUGUGCUGUUGCUGCUGUCCCUAGCCCAGGGAGGGGUCCAGCGAAAACGGAGAUAUGAAGUCCAAAGUCGCUCCGAGGUCAAGGAGUGCGAGAGGAAGCCCAAAUUGUAUCUGUGCAGACGCCACUGUGAAUCGGACCAAGAUUGUCAAGCCAAUAACAUUUGCUGCUCCACCACGUGCGGGAACGUUUGCGUGAACCUGCUGGAUAAUAGUGUGUGGGAGACGCCUGUCACCCCUCCCCCGGACAUCGUCUACCCGGAGAGCGGCUCCCAGCCCAGCUUUGAAGGAGAUAUGGUUCUGCCCACGUCUCCCUUGUCCCCUUUCUCCACUGCCGCUGAUAAAUAAACCAGAAGGAAUGUUGCAGCACCUGCCGUCUUCA